UAAAAAGCCUUAAAUUUGACUGAGAAACCAGCAGAAACCCUGCUUUUUAGAUGUGUGGGUGGCUGGAAGAGUCAGCUAAUUUAAAUCUUUGAGUGAAUUGUCCCUUUAAACUCAAAUAAGAUUUAAUCAAAACAUGCAAUUAUAUUCUACUAUCUAAAUCUAAGUGGGUGGUUUAAAAGUAUUUACUUGAAUAAAACAGGCAGAAAACAACAAAUCAAUGGUGUAUGGUCGCAAAUUUCCAGGAAUUUCCUAAAUUUGAAACUUUCCAUGGUAAUUAACAGGAAAAUAUGGUAAUAAAGGGGAAUUAAUUGAAAUAAACUUAAUUACAAGUUACCCUGUAAUAAGGAAAUGACGUAGUUCGGGGAAAAACAACAACUUGGUUGUAUAAAUAUCAGUAAAAACAACAGGAUUAGUGCAAAGUGAUUGGUAUGUCUCCCCUGUGCAUCCCCCAGUCACAUGCACACAGCUCUCCAGUGAGUGCACAGCUCUUUAGGCCACACCCUCCUCAUCAACAGGGCUUUUCUCCGUCACAUUCACACAGCUCAGAUCUUCUCUUGAACACUUCUCACUUCAGCACAACUACUGAAGCCACACUGCUGCCUUUCAGCAUAAAGACAAUAUCCAGCAAAAACUAUGCCACGUCCGCUGUCUGAAGUGUGGAAACAUUUCACCCCAGCAUGUGUUUCAGGAAAGGCUGUGUACAUUUGCAAUUACUGCGCGCAGCCGUAUGUUAAGAACGCCACAAAGUUGCAGCGACAUAUAGUCAAGUGCCUAAUGUCUCAUCAGGGGUCAAUGCAAGCAGCGACCGGCAAGAGUUUCUCUGUUAACAUUAGAAGUGAAGAUGACUCCAGUGUUCACCCUCUCGACAGCUCUAGAAUCGAAGGACUGAUGAAUGUUAGUGUCGCUCCGCCUGUGAAGAAGAAGCCCAGAACUCAUUUGACUGUGGAGCGUGUUCGUGAUGAAGAGCCUCUGCUUGUGCAGAACCAGAGGGAGUUUGAGGAGCGCUGGCGGCGGGACGCCAGAGAGGAACACAAGGAGGAACGGGCCAGUCUGAUGACCAUGUGGAAGGAGAUGAUGGAGUUUCAAGGGAACCUCUUAAAGGAGUUUAUUCACCGCUCAUCCUCGUCUACAUCUCUGCCUUCACUUCCGUCUUACAGCAGACCUGCUCAUCACAAUCAAGGGCCAUCUACAUUUCCAAGCACUAGUUACAUGGCACCAUACACCUCGCCAGAAGCCGAAACGGAGAACGAGAGCAUGAUCUCGCAUGAGGAUGACGAGGAGGAGGAAGAGGAGAAAUACAUCAUAACAGCUCCGAUUGCCCCUGUGCCGGACUCCCAGCCUGUAAACCACGUAAACGACAGCCAAUCAAAGGCCACAGAGACGCUUACACCUGCGGCCACACAGACAUCAGGACAGAGCGAUCUGCAGACGACAGUGCUGCGCAGACAAGAGAGAGUCCUGCAGCUUCAGGAGGAGUAUUACUCUCUCAAAAUCCAGCAUCUCAAACACAAGAUCAGCAGAGACGCUCAACAGCACCAACAGCACAGUUAGUGCGUCCAUUCACUACUUUCACUGUCAAAAUGAUCAGCACCCUUGGGAAACAUGACCAAAGAAGGCUGUGGACAAAAAUAGGAUUGAUUGUCCACUCGUUUCUGUGAAAUGUAAGCAAAGAGCUUAGAAUGACCAAGAGGCGACACUCUAGUGUAAUUUGGGAAACAGCCACUAGAGGGUGCGGUGGCCAUUUUGGAAUGAAACCUCCAAUUGAACAACAGCAUAUUA